AUGUCGAAUCAUGAGACGGUCACUACUGGCCGUGCGAAGCGUAGCACGGCAGGUAACCGUAUGCGUGAGCUGCUCGAGCGAGCACACCAAGAAGACGACGAUGAACUUUUUCAAGAGGUAGAGAAUGAUGAGGAGUUUACCGCCCCUCAGGAGGUGAAAGAUGUGUUUCUGGACGAAUUCGCGGAUACUGAUGAGGAGGUGGAGAUGGACGAAGAAGCCGAGGAGAGAGCACUGCGACGUGAAGAAAGGAAGAAGGAGAAAGGCAAAUCAAAGGCUAUAUAUGAUCCUACUGCGAAAAUAUCCAAAUCCAAUUCCAAAUCUCGUCCAGACACCACCGACAAACUGUUAUCUGAUCCUUCGUUGUCCCUUCUCGAUCCAAAUAUCGAUGCCAGUCGGAUGGCCCCUUCCACCUUGAUCUUAACGUUGCGCAGAAAACGGAGAGAGGCUAAACGUGAACAACGGUCUGAAGCUCGUCGUUCCAAUCUCAGGGCAUCGACCCUACAGACUGAAAAGGAGAUAGUAGAGAGGGAGGCACAAGCGAAAGCGAAUCGUGGGAAUAAGGGAAGAAGAGCACAACAUGAAACUGGGGAAGUUAGGGGUGCAAGACCUAUGACUCAAGAUGAAUUGAUAGCUGCUGCUUUGGAAGAGGAAGAGAGAAAUAAAGAAGCUUUAAGAGAUUGGCUGAAGAAGGAAGAUGAACGAAGGGAACUGCGAAGAGUAGGAAGGAAAAGAGUGAAAGGACCAAGAUGGACUUGGGUUAGUAGAACUGUCGAGAGGCUGAUUGAGGUUAUCGGAGAGGAGAAUGUGGUGAAGGAGGUCACUGCGACAGAGAAAAGAGCAGAGAAAGCGGAAGAAAAGAAAAAUAUGGAUCAACCUUCGAUGACAGUCACCACAGAUCAGCAAAGCGUUUUACCAGAAGGGAACACCACAGUAGAUGAAGAGGUGAAACAAGGCACAGCGACGGGUGGAAAUGCAGAAGAGAAGAAAGAUGCAAUCACGACGGACAAGCUGGCUGGAGAUGAUACUUCACAUUCGCAAGGAGUACAAUCCGAAGGUGAUAUCACCACAGCACGGGACCAAUUGCCUAUUCCUGACGAAACUCUGCUGAACCCGGACGGUGCUGUUCAUGCCGACAUCUUCACGGACCAACCGGCUGCCGAUCCUCUCGAUGGAUCAUCGGCAUCAGCAUCCAUGAAGUCGAUCAUCGAGCAGAAAGCUGACGAGUCGAUAGCCGCGCCUGACUUAACCGCCAAUGAUCCUACGAUUACCCCUCAACCUCCUGGUACGGAAGAUGCAUCAACACAAGAAUCCCAAUCUCUGUCCGAAUCCCAUCCCUCUACUUCUGCGAAAGAGCCAUCUACUGUUAACGCAGAAGGAGGUACUUUUCCACCUGUUCCUGGAUCCGACAAACCCAAAGAAUCGCCCACUUCACCUUCAAAGCAAAUAUCGGAUACUGCUGUACCUAAAGGUCCUGCUGUUCCCGACGCCCUCCCACCUAUCGCAUCCUCCUCUUCAGACCCUUCUCAUGCGAUUGCGCGUCCCAGCGGUACCACUGUGGCCCCACCUUCAAUCAAUCGGCCUGCGGUCACGGAACCAGUCAAUGAGGAGAACAAAUAUACUAGAAAUUAUUUGAUCCUUUCUCAGGUACCUGGAGGAUUAUCAGAAGAACUGAGACUGAUACUUGGAGGUCACGUAGAAUGGGAUGAUGUGAUGUAUAUACCUGCCCGUAACAGGCCAAUAAAUCGAAAACCACCAAUAUGCGCUUUCACUGGUUUGCCAGCUAAAUAUCGACACCCUACGACUAUGAUUCCAUACGCCACAGCAGAAGGGUACAAGCAUAUCCAAGCGUUGUUGCAGGAAAGGUAUAAAUAUGACGAUGGUGGUUGGUGGCUCGGAGGAGAGGAGGAUGUCCGUGCUGAUGGAAUGGAAGGCGUUGAAGGUUGGUGGGAAGCUACAAAUGGAGGUUGGAUGGAUGGUAAAGAAAUACCUGAACCAGUCGAAAAGAUGGAGCAAAUGCCUGCAGAGGUGAUGGAGGAGAUUGAGCCUGUUGAAGAGGUUGUUCUCGUGAGGGGGAAAAGGAAAACGGUUGGAGAAAGCGCUUCGUCAACUCCGGUGCCAAUUGCUAAGAAGACAAAAGGCAAAGGAAAGGCCAGCGUUAUUGAAGGAGACGAGGCUGUGUCUUCUCCAGUCGAGGGGCUCAAAAGGUCAAAGAGUAGGGGAAAGAGGAACUAG